AUGCGAAUCAGUCGCCCCUGUUUGCAGCUACAGCGUCUGCUCCAAGAACCAGCUGCAAAAAUUCUUUUGGUGGCAGGUUUUGUAUAUCUGCUCACGUUUCAGCUCUGUCGCAUUCGCUUCUGGCGCGAUCCUCACUCCGCUUUUUUCGAUAUUCGCGAUGCCUUCGAGUGGAAGUACAGUCUGGUACGAGAACAUCAAGCAAAUCAUUUCAUUUCCUUUUACAGUGCGCCAUCGGGGGUUGACCCUAGUGCUGUUUUGAGCGAAGGCACACCUUCGAUAUGCGCGACGCUAGCUACUGUGAAGCGCAACAAAGACGACUAUUUUGCAGCGGCUGUGGGAUCCAUGCUAAGCGAUCUCGAUCCUCGGGAGCGUCGUGCGCUUUACUUGUCGGUAUUGUUCGCAAAUACUGAUCCAACCCAACAUCCUAGCUGGGGUCAAAAAUGGCUGGAACGGCUAGUGGAUUCGGUUUCGACCUAUAAUGUCUCUGGAGAAGAUUUUCGCUAUCUUCAAAAACUAGAAGAGGAGCGUAACUUUUAUGAAAAAGGAAUCUAUGACUAUAUUUACCUCCUUAAUCAAUGCCUCGAAACGGGUGCCCCGUAUAUAUUAGUCCUUGAGGAUGAUGUUAUUUUCGCAGAUGGGUGGCUGGUCAAAACCCUAAACAGCCUUUAUACACUGUCACAUGGUCCGACUGCUCGCAACGGAUCAUGGCUAUAUCUCCGCCUCUUCUUCACCGAAACCUCUCUUGCAUGGUCUAACUCAGACUUUUGGUAUCGAAAUAUGCUAUUGGCUUUUGGUUUAGUUAUUGGAUCUGGAUAUGCUCUUUUGUUUGCUGUUCGGCGAUACUGGCCUUCCACUCGUCGCUUCUUGAACAAUUGGACUGUCGCCGCUAUAUGCCUGGUGGUAGCUCCUGCUUUCACGGGAUUGAUAUACAUGAUUGGAAAAUAUUCACUCUUCCCACUACAAGGUGUGGUAGAGAUGAACGGCUAUGGAUGUUGUACUCAAGGGUUAGUAUUUCCUCGCGAGCAAGUACCGGCUUUGGUGGCCCGCCUACAAGAAAAGAAAAGCGGACAAACGGACAGUAUGAUUGAGGAGUAUGCCACCGAGAGCGGGUUGACGAGGUUGGCACUUGCGCCUCAGCAGAUACAACAUGUCGGACUACAGUCAAGCCGCGACAACCUCGAAAUCAAUACGCAGAGCACGUGGGCCUUUUGGUUUGAAGAGAAUGAUGCCUCGGAGCUGAAUAUUGAGCACGAGCGGCUCCUAGCUGCGAGCGAUGAUGAUUGGCAUUUGGUUUAA